UACAAGUACAUAGCACGUUGAGUUUCCCCGAGUGCGUUGCAAGUUUUUUGGGUGCCCCCGAAAUCAAAGUGAAACGCUAAGUGAAGUGACCAGAAAAGGAAGUUCGAAGCUGGUAGACUCACUCUCAUACUUGAUACUGGAAAAUAAAGAAGAAGAAUCGAAUUUAAGAAAAACGUGCUCAGUGUGAAACGGCCACAGAUAAACAUUUGGAAAAGGAAAUCAAGAACCUGUUCAAAUAAUCAAGUGUCAGAAUUUGUUAUUACCCACGUUAAUAUAUCAUCAAGAUGGGUUCGCUGCCACAAUUGUCGAUCGUCAAGGGUCUGCAGCAAGACUUCGUGCCGAGAGCUCUGCACCGCAUCUUCGAGGAGCAGCAGCUGCGGCACGCCGACAAGGUGGCUCUGAUCUAUCAGCCCAGCACUCCGGGCCAGGGAAUGGCGCCCAGUCAGAGCAGCUAUCGCCAGAUGAACGAGCGGGCGAACCGGGCAGCCCGCCUUCUGGUGGCCGAGACCCACGGCCGCUUCCUGCAGCCGAACAGCGAUGGUGACUUCAUCGUGGCUGUGUGCAUGCAGCCGUCGGAGGGCCUGGUCACCACACUGCUGGCCAUCUGGAAGGCUGGCGGCGCGUAUCUGCCCAUCGACCCCAGCUUCCCGGCGAACCGCAUACACCACAUACUGCUGGAGGCGAAACCCACCUUGGUGAUUCGCGACGAUGACAUCGACGCCGGCCGUUUCCAGGGAUCUCCCACGCUUUCCACCACCGAACUGUAUGCCAAAUCCCUCCAGCUGGCUGGCUCCAAUCUGCUCUCAGAGGAGAUGCUGCGCGGUGGCAACGACCACAUCGCCAUCGUGCUCUACACCUCGGGCAGCACGGGUGUGCCCAAGGGAGUGCGUCUGCCGCACGAGAGCAUCCUCAAUCGGCUCCAGUGGCAGUGGGCCACCUUUCCGUAUACCGCCAACGAGGCGGUGAGCGUUUUCAAGACGGCCCUAACCUUCGUGGACUCGAUCGCCGAGCUCUGGGGUCCGUUGAUGUGUGGCCUGGCCAUUCUGGUGGUGCCCAAGGCAGUGACCAAGGAUCCCCAGCGAUUGGUGACCCUGCUAGAGCGUUAUAAGAUCAGGCGUCUCGUACUGGUGCCCACUCUCCUUCGCUCGCUGCUCAUGUAUCUGAAGAUGGAGGGAGGUGGAGCUGCCCAGAAACUGCUGUACAAUCUUCAGAUUUGGGUCUGCUCCGGAGAACCACUAUCCGUUUCCCUGGCCAGCAGCUUCUUCGACUACUUUGACGAGGGCGUGCACCGGCUGUACAACUUUUACGGAUCCACGGAGGUAUUGGGCGAUGUCACCUACUUUGCGUGCGAGAGCAAGAAGCAACUGAGUUUGUACGAUAAUGUGCCCAUAGGCAUUCCUCUGUCGAAUACCGUGGUCUAUUUGCUGGAUGCCGACUAUCGUCCAGUGAAGAACGGCGAAAUUGGGGAGAUCUUUGCUUCGGGUCUUAACUUGGCCGCUGGUUAUGUCAACGGACGUGAUCCGGAGAGGUUCUUGGAGAAUCCUCUGGCUGUGGAGAAGAAAUACGCCCGGUUGUACCGCACAGGAGACUACGGAUCCCUGAAGAACGGCAGCAUCAUGUACGAGGGACGCACCGACUCCCAGGUGAAAAUCCGUGGACAUCGCGUCGAUCUGUCAGAGGUGGAGAAGAACGUGGCCGAGCUACCGCUGGUGGAUAAGGCCAUUGUUCUGUGCUACCAUGCUGGUCAGGUGGAUCAGGCUAUCCUGGCCUUCGUCAAGCUGCGCGAUGAUGCCCCCAUGGUCACCGAGAUGCAAAUGGAGGCACGUCUUAAGGAUAAACUGGCCGACUACAUGACGCCGCAGGUGGUCAUCCUGGAGCAUGUUCCAUUGCUGGUCAACGGCAAGGUGGAUCGCCAGGCGCUGCUCAAGACCUAUGAGACGGCCAACAACAACGAGGGUGACUCCAGCAUUGUCCUCGACUUUGACUACUCGCAGGUUCCUGAGGAUCUGAAGCUAACGGCUCGGGAUCUCUUCGAAACAGUGGGCGGCGUGAUUGGACGCUCCACCAGAGCAACCCUCGCUCCGCACAGUAACUUCUACGAGUUGGGCGGCAACUCGCUGAACUCCAUUUUUACGGUGACGCUGCUGCGCGAGAAGGGCUACAACAUCGGCAUUUCCGAGUUCAUUGCGGCCAAGAAUCUGGGCGAGAUCAUCGAGAAGAUGGCGGCCAACCAUGAUGCAGUGCAGCUGGAGGAGGAAUCCUUGAAUGCUUGUCCGCAUUUGAAGAUGGAGGCGGUGCCGCUACGCCUGGAGCACCGCCAGGAAGUCAUCGACAUCAUUGUGGCUAGCUUCUAUAACAAGGCCGACCUGGAGCAGUGGCUCAAGCCCGGAGUUUUGAGAACCGACUACAGCGAUAUUCUGAACGAUAUCUGGAAUGUGCUGGUGGAGCGGGAGCUAAGUUUCGUGGUAUACGAUACCAACACGGAUCGCAUUAUUGGCACAGCGUUGAACUUUGAUGCACGGAACGAGCCCGAGGUGGACAUCAAAUCCAAGCUGCUCAUUGUCUUCGAGUUCCUGGAGUUUUGCGAGGGUCCCAUCAGGGAUAACUACCUGCCCAAGGGGCUCAACCAAAUCCUGCACUCCUUCAUGAUGGGCACCGCCGAGAAGCUGAAUCCCCGCGAGAACAUCGCCUGCAUGCACUUCAUGGAGCAUGAGGUGCUGCGGGUGGCCCGCGAGAAGCAGUUCGCCGGCAUCUUCACCACCAACACCAGUCCGCUGACGCAGCAGCUGGCGGAUGUCUACCACUACAAGACGCUCCUCAACUUCCAGGUGAACGAGUACGUGCACUCAGACGGCAGCCGUCCAUUCGGCGAUGCACCGGACGAGCAGCGCGCCAUUGUCCACUGGAAGGAGGUGGCCAAGUAGGACGACCACCCGGUGGACGUGUCCCCAAACCAGAUCUGCAGCGAAUUUAUCCCGCACCACGUAUUAUAUAGUUAACUAGCAUAGCCUGCCACCUAGUACUAGCCCUAGGCAUAGUGUAACUUAGCGAGAAGUUUCGUAAGUUUGUGUUGACUAGUUGUAAGCCUUUGAUUUCCAGACAAUUAAAUAC